GCUAGACGUUCCUCUACACCCAGCUCAGUGUACACGUCAGCCUAAUACAACCACAGCGCAGCUAAUUACAUUAUUUCAACCAGAGUUGGGCUAUUUUAACUAAUUCCUUUACAGAAAAAAAGUUUGAGCAAAGGAGAUGUCCAAAAAGGUGGCAGUAGUUACCGGUGCCAAUAAAGGCAUAGGGCUUGCGAUUGUGAGGGAGCUUUGUAAGGCUAAAUUUACCGGGGAUGUUAUUCUUACUGCUCGAAAUGAGAAACUUGGAAAUGAGGCAGUGAAGAUGCUGAAGUCCGAAGGAUUUGAAGUUUCUUUCCACCACCUUGAUAUCUGCGACCAGGGCAGCGCCAAGCAACUGAGUAACUUUCUGCAGAAGACGUAUGGCGGAUUGGAUGUGCUCAUUAACAACGCUGGAAUGGCUUUUAAGAAUGAUGCGACUGAGACUUUUGGGGAACAGGCUGAGGUGACCAUGCGUACCAACUUUUGGGGCACCCUGUGGGUGUGCCAUGCUCUCCUACCCCUCCUUAGACCAAAUGCCAGAGUGGUGAAUGUCUCCAGCUUUGUUAGCAAGAAGGCUCUUGAUACAUGCAGCCCUCAACUACAAGCCAAGUUCCGUGAUACUGAGCUCUCUGAGGAGGAGCUGUGCUUGCUGAUGGGGCAGUUUGUUAUUGCCGCUCAGCAGGGAAACCAUCAGGCCCAGGGGUGGCCAAACACAGCCUAUGGCACAACAAAGAUCGGAGUGACUGUGCUGUCCAGGAUUCAGGCUCAUUUUCUGACUAAGACCCGGGCAGCUGAUGGAAUCCUGCUCAACGCCUGCUGCCCUGGCUGGGUCCGCACUGACAUGGCAGGCUCCAAAGCCCCCAAGAGUCCUGAAGAAGGUGCACAGACUCCUACCUUUCUGGCACUUCUUCCUGAAGGGGCCAAGGAGCCACAUGGACAGUUGGUGUGGGACAAGACCGUUCAGGAAUGGUAGAGUGGAGGCAGCAGGAAGUUUACCUCAUCUCAGAGACUUGAGGAAAUUGCUCAAAAAGAUUCUGCCAAAUUCACAUGACAAAAGACUCAUUGCAACAGAGGGUUUAGACAUAUCAUCUUAGCAUUUUUUUCUUUAUAUGAUUUAAUGUGAUUAAUUGGCAUAAACACUCCGGAGUACUUUCAUUGUAAUGAAAGCCUGUUAUUCUUUCAAAAAGUUUGAUGUAAAGAAUUAAAAUAUAUUGAUGAUAA